UUUCGGUCAGUACGCGUUCUCACUUAUUACGGUCGGUUGUGUGUCUGACGAUUGUUAUCCCAACGUGUUUUUGUUAUUGUUUUAGUGAUUACGCGUGUUUAAACGAUAAUAAUAUUAGUAUUUUCGUGUAAUUGACGGUUUUUUUUUUAUCGUCGUCCUUCUCUAGUCUACAAAUCGAUUUGUCGAACACCUGAGGAUUCACAGUUCGGCAAGAUUUAUACACGACAGGAUAUGGCAAAUAAAAAAUCUGAAAAAGUCGUAUGUAUCAUCGUUGUUUGCUUUAAAACUAAUUGAUGAAGCACAAUGUCACCGGAAAAUGUGUGUCCAAGAUUCAAACAGAAUGCCUGGAAAAAAGAACUGUGCUCAAAUUGUUUUCGUCCGAAAGAGGAGCACCCCGAGAAGCCCAAACGGGUACAUAUUGACUACAAACCACUACCGGAAAUAUCUCCAGCUCAGAGUAUAUUGAAGGUAAAUGGUUCGUGUGACAAAUCUCGGAAAGUUUCGUUUUCGAUUGUUGAGACAGAAGUCAUCGGAUAUGGCGGUGAAGAGUACUCGACCGAUGAAGAAUAUUCGUCGGACGAGGAAAACGGUUCGGAAUUCAUUGACUCUGGUGACGACGAAGAGCUCAAAAGACUGACCGAAGCCAACACGAACCUAAACAGUAAACCUGAAAUUGUAUCCGAAAAGGUUGUUGCCGGUGGUAAUGUUGCAAAAACUCCGAUCGUAGCGGUAACUGCGAUGACGGACAACAAAUCACCCGUGAAAAAACCAAUGGUACAAAACAAGUCACCGCCACUGGUCACUGUUCAGCCGUUCAGCGGGGAAUCACCUAAAUCGCUUGUGUUCAACUUCCUAAAAAACAAAGAGAUUGCCACGGCUGCUACUGCCACCGCCGCAGUAGCCAAAACAGCUUGCGAGGAGGUACAAAAAAUCGAGAAAAAAGAUACUGAAAACAUUCAACUUAGAAAGACUGAGAUAACAAAAAAACCAACAUUAACCAGAAGCUCAUUGGUGGCCAAUUCCAACGAGCCAUAUUUAAAUAUAAGACGGUGCAGUUUGCCGGCGGAAGAAGAAGAGGUGAAACCAACGCCGCCGCUGCCGACGUCAAUGUUAACGUUGACGAACACAGAAAUCCCAAGAGCGAAACUCGUCCAUCAGCCGGAAACGGUUGCACCCGUCGAAAUAUUAAGAGGUGUGGAGGAAACCACUGAAGUCGUCUCGUCGACGAGAGAGUCGGACGCCGAUAUAGCGGGCAGUGGCACGGCACCAUACAAAACGAGAAAUAAUGUACCACGAAUGGGUACUAUGCACUUCAAACUGAAGUUGGCUGUGGCUUCAUCUCAAAAACCAGAACCGUUAAAACUAAUCGGUAGUAGCGCUUCCGUGGAUCACCCGCAAGAUUCUUCGUUGUUGACCAGCAGAGAAAUGGCGGGUGAACCCGACGGUAAAGCGGAUUCCGACGAACCCGGUGACCCGUCGACAACUCCAGUGAACCGAUCGUUCCUCCAUAACUUCAAAGACCAUUCGUUGCCCUUGCGAGACACCUCUACUACACCUCCAAGGACGCCUAUCAAAAAGACUUCAAUUACCAGUAAUAGCCCGCCCGAAUGUCCCAGGAGCAUCAAACGCCAAGCUCCAAAACCUCCUCCGCCGCCGCCAUCGUUGACAACGGCCAAGACGUGUGCUGAAUUCGUUUACCACAGUGCUAACAGUUCGUUUUCUGACGAAGAGUUCAGACCCGAUGACGUGACCAUCACAAACCGUAAGCUGUUAGCUGAAUACUGCGAACAAAUCGAAAAAGAACAAUCACAACACUGCGGUAGUGGUGGUAACUGGGAACGACCAUCGUCUGCGGCUACUGUCACCUCCAAUGGUGACUCAUCGGUGCGCGAAUCGUCCACGCUCCUGUUACCCGGAAAACGGCCCGCCUGCGAAAAGAAAAAGUACGGAAAGGCCACUAAAGUGGGUCUUAAGAUCAAGAAAUUUCUAAGGAUACCCAGCCGGGAAUCAACGGUCACCACACCUCAGCAACCGUCUACCAGGCCCAAGCUAGAAAUUAUUCAUCCGUUAGACAUCAACAAAUCCGCCGUGGAAAUCAUUCAUAACUACGCUGUCGACGGACUUCUGUACACAAAAGAGCCGUCUGCCAAAGCACUAUCAAACCAUCAUCCAGCACGACCUACAAAACCACCACCACCGCCCAGAAGUCUUCCGCCCGUCGCAAAGCUGCCGCUAAAGUCCGUCCCGUCCACGGAAAUCACAGAUUACCCCGACACAUCGAAAACAUGUGAUUCAAGCGCGUCCGACGAAGCUUACGAACCGGUAAAUUUUUCGGCACCAGAGUGUGACCACAGUUCGCCGGAAAUGGCACGACUAACGUCAAUGCAGUAUUACGGUAGCGAAACCGAGUCAGAGAUAUAUCCGACCAUUCAGUUUGGCGACGACUUUGGAGCCGAAGACAGCAUUAGGAACACUCAGCCAGGACAUAAUAAGAGUCUCGAAGAGAGUUACGAUGCCGUCGUAAUCGCCAAUCACGAAGCUUUGACCAAACUCUUGGAUCAGGCGACAAGCUGUCCGAAAAUACCCAAAGAGUUGAUGGCGUUGAAGACGAAAAGCUUGGAAUGGUCCAGUUUCCGCGUAGAUCCUACGAGUCGGUUGCAAAAAGCUGGUUGUGCGUUCUACAACGGCAAAUGGUACGACGUGCCGGUGGUGUUGAGCAUUUCCGAAGAACCGGUUGAGCUAAACAACGUACUGAAUAAUCAUUUUACCAUGACCAAAGUGACGGAGUUCGUGACGCGUGUGGAAAAGGAAUACAGUCCAGGAGCCGAAAACGAAAAAGUUUACGUUACGCUGUGGAAUGCCCAUCGCAUGGAGGCCAUCGAAUCGUAUUGCAAAGAAUACAACGCCAAGUACGCGGACGUCACCAAGGAAGCCGGUCUCAUCCUAGUGGAAACUGUCAAUCUGUUGAUUGGCCUGCAGGCGUCAGACGUGAACCGGUAUAGCCUGGAACCGUUCGUAGUGACUAGAAACUGUUUCGGUGCCGACCCGACCGUGGCCAUGGUGCAGCUGGAAACCGAUUUACAGGAAGCGGAAGAUUCGCUUUGUGAUAUCAUGCUGAAAGUGCUCAGAUUGCUGGCGCCCACGUGGGAGAUGACCGUGUGUCUGUCGCAAGUGUUGCGACAGGACCGGCCCAACUCCUUGUCCAAAUGCAAGGCGCUACUCGAGUUCUGGCUGUGGGGUCCGACCGGAGUGACAGUGUCGCCCGACCGACCGUUGUCGCUGAAAAGAUGGUUGGACUUGGAACGCGCUAACAUCCUGCAUGGCCAUGUGUGUUCCCGUUCCGCCGACCUGUCCGUCAAGCAGAUAUGCUACAUGUCGUUUUUGGUGGCCAACGACGAUAAACUGUUCUCGGACGCAUGGGCCGUGCUAUCCGAUCGCAAGAUGCGGCCGCCGCGUGAUCCGACGAUCUCUAAAUGUUAACGCACAAACAUGUUUUGUAUUGUUUUGUUUUUGAAUUAUUUCCUUCGAGUGUCAACAAAUUUUUUUGUCAAAAAAUCUCCGAAUCAUUCUUUUCUCUCCAACACUCUUUAUUUUUUUUUUUUUUUUUAAAGUCUUAACUCUUAGUAUAACAAUAUGAUGAUUGUAGUUGCUAAAAACCCGUUGCCGCUCUUUCACGUUUGUUAUUAUGAUUCUAGGAUAAAAAUGACACUAUUGAAUAAAUUAUUAUUACCUACUAACCCAACUGUUAAUUAUACUCUACGCGUAUACAUGUUUGCUCAUUAACUGUUAUUAUUCUAAUUUAAAUAAUAUAUAUAUAUAUAUUAUUGUGUAGUUGCAAAGUGUGAUUUGCAGCCCAAUAUCUGCCAUGUUAAAAUAUUAAGUAUUUAAAAUAUAUUUUUGUUAGUUAUAAGAUACUUAACAUAUUAAGACAUGAGUAUUUAUUUGUAUAAGAAAAAAAAUGAAACAAAAAAGCUCUCUAUUUUGUCAAUUAUUUUUGUAUCAAAAGAAAAUUAUAAAUAUACUCGUUGUGUAUUUUA